AUGCUAAAUAAAAUAAAGCCUUAUUCAAAAUAUAUCACUGGGGAUUAUCAAUGUGGUUUCAUGAAUGCUAAAUCAACCAUAGAUCACACUUUUACCAUUGAACAGCUAGUUGAGAAAUAUUAUGAAUGCAACAAAGACUUGCAUAUGUUGUUAAUAGAUUAUAAACAAGCAUAUGACACAGUGAACAGAGAAGCACAUUGGAAUACGCUAAUAACUUUCGAAAUACCAUCUAAAACGGUAAAAAUGAUUAAAUUAUACAUGACUGAAACAAGAUGCACAAUUAAAUUCAAUCAACACUUGUCAGAUGAAUUUUUAUGUUAAAUCCGGACUUAGACAGGGAGACGCUAUGUCACCAGUACUUUUUAAUAUAGCACUAGAAGCGGUCAUUAAGAAAACACAGACAAAAUAUGGUGGAUUAAUGAUGGACGAUAAUAAAAGACAGUACGGAAUUCUAGCAUACGCAGACGAUAUUAUCAUUCUUAGGUCAGAUAGUCAAGAAGUAAAAACAGGUAUCGAGGAUCUAAUAAAAAAAUAA